CUCCCCCUUUCCCCCAAUAAGAAAUGUCUUUUUUACUACAGCAAUUUCGACGUCUCGUUCCAUCCAAUCGUGUACCAUUACUAUGGCAACGCUAUGUUACCGAGGAAGCAGUCAAACGAGAACGACAGAAAAUUACUCUGAAUGACAGCGACCUGAUUGAAAAGUUUGUAAAAGGAUCAGGUCCUGGAGGACAAUGUGUCAACAAGCGUGUCAGUUGCGUGGACCUAAGGCAUAUUCCAACAGGCAUUCGUGUGCAGUGCCAACAGACUCGAUCACUCGAGAUAAACCGCCAUAUUGCCCGUAAAUUGUUAAAGGACAAGAUUGAUGAAGUAAUCAACGGUGAUCUGAGCAAAUAUGCACAAAAGGCUGCAAAGAUUAACAAGGCAAAGGCACGAAAGGCACGGCGAGCUAAAAAGAAAUAUGGAAGUAAAGAUGAAAUUGCUGACGGACAACAAGUCGGCGAUGGCGUGAUCGAUCCAAGCGAAACCGGCAGUGCAGCAUAAGAUGACGCUCUUGUACAUAUAAUACCCUUUUGAAACGGUUGGAUGUUCCACCGGCCUUCUUCUUGUACAUAUUAUAUAUUAUAGAUGACCCAUACUGUUAUGAUCCGAGUAAUUUGCGUGGAUGAUGCACAGAUGAUGCACACUAUUAUAUGUAAACAUAAUAAACAGAAACACCCUGAUAACCUUAAUGCUUCUCUAUAUAGCGCAUAUUCUUUUCUGUCCUUUAUUUACUAACUAGCAGAAAAAAGCAACCACACCCUGAGUAUUCCUAACCCACAAACUCGAUAAAAGCACGCACUGCCAAAUAUGG